AAUUUUGUGUUUGUUUCAGUGUAGAGUAUAGAGGAGUAUCCUGGCUCAACUGCAAGAAUUCAGUGCAUAAAGGAGUAUCCUGACUCAACUGCAAGGCUUAAGCAUACAUUUUCUGGACACACAUUCCUUUACCUGUCCUGGAUCAUGGAGGUGAUGACAUCACAACCUCAAACAUUUGCACCCAAAGACUUUCAGACGGACUUAAUGAGCUGUUGUGAUGACGUGAGUGUGUGUUGUUGUGGCAUCUUCUGCCUCCCCUGUUUGGGCUGUUCCAUUGCUAAGGACAUGAAUGAGUGCUCUGCAUGUGGUUUAGGCAUGCCAAUCAGAAGUGUAUACCGUACUAAAUACAACAUCCCGGGUUCCAUGUGUAAUGACUUUAUUGUCACUUACUUCUGCUCGUGUUGUGCAACCUGUCAGUUGAAGAGAGACAUUGACAUUAGGAAGCGAAAUGGAGAAUUCUGAAGAUGACUUUCAGAUCAAUUGAAUACAGGGGAAACCGUUUGAAAUCUGGACACAUCUAUCUAUUGUCCUUAUUGCUCUUUGGAACUGAAAAUAACUGAGAUGUUAUUUGCAAUUAUGGACUAAUAAAACUUUAUGACUUAAUACAAAUGCAGAUAUAUGUUUAAUGAUUCAAUUUGGACCAUAGACAAUGUAAAAAUGAUCAAACUCUGCAGUUUGAGGCUGGAUGGUUCAUAUCAAUCAAAAUGGGAAAUGUUCAUCAACACUUAAUUCUUUUUAUCAUAUAAUGCAACUAAAAAGAUUAUAGCCAGCAUUAUUCUGAUUAUGUGACGUUGUUAUAUUGUGAAAUUCAUAGUGUGGCCUGUUGGUUGUGGUGUGAAAUGUGUGUGUGCCUAUAUGUGAACAGUCAGAGCUUUAGAAAGACCAAAAAAAAAAAUUCCUAAAUAGCAGAUUUUCCCAACUUUUAUAAGUGAUUUACUUUAAGUAUGCUACCUCCAUGGAAAGCUUUAACAUUUAACCUUUUCUUUUUACUAACUUUUUACAUCUUCAAAUUUUGUUAUUUGGAAAUAAUUAAAAAAACUUAUUAAAUCCUUUGAUAAGAUCAUGUACAUGCUAUAUUUUGAUAGUAUUAUUAAUAAGAUUAUUAAUUUAAUUUUUAAAUUCUUGUAAUUUACAUUAAAGCAAUUCUACAUUUCAUUUCAUUUAAGCAUUAAGUUAUACAUUAUUUAAAGUAAAGUGUUCUUGUA